UUAAAUUGGUUGUGAGCCAACGUUAGGGAAAUCCAUGCUCUGAAUAUAUAAAAUAUUAACUACUGUAUUUGGUUGAGACAUAGUUCACAACAGACUUUUUAAACUGUUAUUUAGAAAUGUAGCAAUUUCCAUUUGUUGGACCAAAACUAUUUUUCUUUAAAUAAAUGUAAAAAUAAGUUUAGCAAUUUUGUUAGAUUUAGAAAAAAAAAUAAAUGUUGUGGUCAAAUUCAAAGAAGAAAAGAAAAAGCAUGAUAUUGGCAUUAUAUGUCAGCCACCUUGCUCUCUAAAUAUUGGCAUCGACCAUUGAAAAACAUGUAUGUUACAACCACUAUGGGUGAGACUGCGAAGACAUUAGAUCCUACAUUAUCCAUGAACCAGGCAACUGAUCUCUCUGCACCCUCCAUGCCUGGUAAAUCCUCAGUCCAAAGUCAGACAUAAAUCCAAACCAACAUAAUCCUGAUGACAUUUCUGAAGACUUUGAAGAGCACAUAAAAAAGUUAUACAACUGUUUUCACAGGCUGAAUAGUAAUCCGAAAAACAGUAAACUGAUCUUGAUGCGUAAAAUUGGUUGAGUUCCCCUUUAAACAAUACCUUAAUAUGCUUUAUUAUUCAUAAAAGACAAUAUAUGUGCACAAAUUACACAUAUUUACCAACAAUUUUUAUUUAAUGCAAUUAUUAUAUAUUGCAUGGAUACUACCUUAAGUCUGAAAUCAAAUGGAAUUUAUGUCAAUUCAGCUCUUCCGUAAUUUUCUUUUCCGUAAGCUUCAGUCUGAGUAACAUAACUAUAUGUUAUCCCUGAAUCAACCUUGAGUCAAUGUGUCAAUUCUUAGCAUGAAAUCAAAAUAUAUAGGUUUACUGUACAAUAUCCAUAGAGUAUAAUAUUAUAUUGGUUUUAAGAUAAUUAGUCUCAAACUGUGGUACUCUAACUUAAGGCUGCAGUUUAGAAAAGAAGCAAGGCCUGUUUUCCGGUUAUCAGCCAGAGGUCAGAUGGUCUUUACAUAUGUGAGCUUCAGUGUAGUGGUUGCAGUACUGAACAAGGGAAAACAUCUAAUGAUAUUGCAUGACUCCUGAAGUGCAGCCUGCCUGACUGAACCUGCACUGUUAUCUUCACUGCCUGAAGGCACAUAUCAGGGUUAGCAGAAACUAUAGCCUGCCACAAAACCACAUACUCAAAUAUGAAGUAUGUGUCAUCCACACACACAGCAACACAGACCAAUGCAUGCAGGCCGCUUUGGUAAUUCUGUUUGUACCAGAGGGAUUAACAGUGAAGCCAGAGAUGAGAUGGAGAUUACGACAGAGAUAAUGGUGUUUGGAUUUAGAGUCACUCAGAGGAGGCACUGGGAAUUCAAAGCUGCAGCUUCAAUCACAGGUACGGGCUGAUUUUGUCUCAGAAGAAAGGAUUGUCAAAGAGCCUUCAGAAACACUCUGUGUUCGAGGAUGACUCGGAUGAUGAGACCACAGUUGGGGAGAGUCUGCAGAAAGAAGCUGUCAAAAAGAAGACGAUGAAGCAGACACGUUUGGCGAUGCACAAGGCCCUAGAACAGGACAGCACCGUUUAUGACUACGAUGGUGUGUACGACGACAUUCAAAAACAGAGACUUGAGAGCAACAAAAAAAUUCUCGGAGGGGCUGACAAAAAGCCAAAGUACAUCCACCAGUUAAUGAGGGCGGUUGAGGACCGAAAGAAAGAACAAGAACGAAGGGACGAGAGGAAGAUCCAGAAGGAAAGGGAGGAAGAAGGAGAGGAGUUUGCAGAUAAAGAAGCUUACGUUACAUCCGCCUACAAGCUGAAACUGCAGGAGCAGAAGGAGGAGCAGGAGAGGGAAAAAAGAGUGGACGCGAUGGAAGCGGCUUUGGACGUGAAGAAACAAAAAGAUCUGAGCGGCUUCUACCGCCACCUGCUGAAUCAGACCGUAGGAGAGGAGGCGAUACCGGAUUGCUCAGCAAAAACACAAAACUCAAAGUUGUCAAAAGACACAGAGAGGACUUCACCGGUUCCCGUUCCAACGUCCCAGGACAUUAUUCCAAGUUCAGGCAGCGACAGUGAGGAGGGGCAUGAGCAGAAGUCUGGCUUUAGCAAGCCCGGGGUAGGCUCUGCACACUCAAAACGCCAGUAUAGACAGAGGUCACCUUCAUCAGUGAGCGGAGAGGAGAAGGAGAAAGAGAAGGAGAGAGAGAGACAUAAGAAGAGGCACAGAGAUCAAGACAGAGACCGAAACAGGGGAAGGGAAAGGGAUGACAGACACGGGGGAAGGAGAGACGACCGGGAUGGAAGGAAAGACAGGGACAGAGGAAGAGAAGAUGACAGGAGCAGAGGCAAGGAUGCAGACAGGGAAGACAGGCAUGUGAAGAGGGAGAGGAGCCCAAAGGAAAAAGAGAAGGAUAAGAAUGGGGAAAGGGAAAAGAGAAGGAAUCAAGAUGAAGACAGGCGUAAGGACAAAGAUCUGGAAGAAGAGAAGGAGAGAAAGAAGCAACCAGAGAACGAGAAGGCAGUGAAGAGCGAUGGAAAAGACUUAGAAAAAGAUCCAGAAAAGAAGGAAGCAGUCGGAGAGCAGGUCAUAAAAAAAAUAGAUGAACAGAAAGAGAAAGGCGAGGAGAACGAGGAGAACGAGGAAAAGGCGAACAAGUUUGUGAAGCGCAGCACGGAUCAGACUGUUAGUUCGGCCAGAGACCGGUACAUGUCCAGACAGAUAGCCCGCUCGUCCUGUAAGACUUAUAUAGAGAAGGAGGAGGACUGAGAGCUGUGCGGCAAAAUAGGAUACGGCUUAUGUUAUUUCAUGUCUGUCUUUUUCAACAAACC